CCCGGUUUCUUGGAGGAUCAUGCGCUUGUUUUUCGUCGCGGUUUUGGCCGCUCUUGUGGCCGUCGCAGCGGCUCAAUCCGAAUCUAAAACGGUUACGGCGGUAGCCUCCCCAAAUAUAAAGGCACAGCCAUGUUGUGAAAGUGUUCGACAAACUCUAAUCGAAAUACGAAAGGAUAUUCGCCUGUGGCUGCUGGACAGGCUUUUCGGAAAAUUGCUUCUCUUGCACGACGGAGAACUGCUAGGAAAUCCGAAUUAUGUGAAUUGUGCCAACGGGAAAAAGCAACUCGAAAUUUCCGAUCGGUCGAGUUCUUUCGGCGACAUCAUUAAUGAUGGACUAACAAGUCAAUCCUCAACAACAACCACCACAACGUCUUCUAAUAACGGGCAAAGCACUGUCACCCAGGGAACUUCCUCAACCGAUGAAGGAAACUCCGGUCAGUCCUCAUCGACCACCACAACAACAACGACUACAUCUUCGGAUGAUGGUCAAGCCACCACCUCUUCUGACCCGACUGUGGAAGUCACCCAGGGAUCGAACAGCGAUGGCAACUCCAGUCAGUCCUCGUCCACAACCACCUCGACAACCUCCUCUGAUGAAAGUCAAACCACUGUGUCGUCUACUCCUGCUGUAGAAGUCACCCAGGGAACAUCUUCAAACGAUGAAGGAAACUCCGGCCAGUCCUCGUCGACAACCACGACAACAACGACUACAUCUUCGGAUGAUGGUCAAGCCACCACCUCUUCUGACCCAACUGUCAAAGUGACCCAGGGAUCAAACAGCGAUGGCAACUCCAGUCAGUCCUCAUCGACCACCACAACAACAACGACUACAUCUUCGGAUGAUGGUAAAGCCACCACCUCUUCUGACCCAACUGUCAAAGUGACCCAGGGAUCAAACAGCGAUGGCAACUCCAGUCAGUCCUCAUCGACCACCACAACAACAACGACUACAUCUUCGGAUGAUGGUCAAGCCACCACCUCUUCUGACCCGACUGUGGAAGUCACCCAGGGAUCGAACAGCGAUGGCAACUCCAGUCAGUCCUCGUCCACAACCACCUCGACAACCUCCUCUGAUGAAAGUCAAACCACUGUGUCGUCUACUCCUGCUGUAGAAGUCACCCAGGGAACAUCUUCAAACGAUGAAGGAAACUCCGGCCAGUCCUCGUCGACCACCACAACAACAACGACUACAUCUUCGGAUGAUGGUGAAGCCACCACCUCUUCUGACCCGACUGUGGAAGUCACCCAGGGAUCGAACAGUGAUGGAAACUCUAGUCAGUCUUCCUCGACCACCACAACAACAACGACUACAUCUUCGGAUGAUGGUGAAGCCACCACCUCUUCUGACCCGACUGUGGAAGUCACCCAGGGAUCGAACAGCGAUGGCAACUCCAGUCAGUCCUCGUCCACAACCACCUCGACAACCUCCUCUGAUGAAAGUCAAACCACUGUGUCGUCUACUCCUGCUGUAGAAGUCACCCAGGGAACAUCUUCAAACGAUGAAGGAAACUCCGGCCAGUCCUCGUCGACAACCACGACAACAACGACUACAUCUUCGGAUGAUGGUCAAGCCACCACCUCUUCUGACCCAACUGUGGAAGUCACCCAGGGAUCAAACAGCGAUGGCAACUCCAGUCAGUCCUCAUCGACCACCACAACAACAACGACUACAUCUUCGGAUGAUGGUGAAGCCACCACCUCUUUUGACCCGACUGUGGAAGUCACCCAGGGAUCGAACAGCGAUGGCAACUCCAGUCAGUCCUCGUCCACAACCACCUCGACAACCUCCUCUGAUGAAAGUCAAACCACUGUGUCGUCUACUCCUGCUGUAGAAGUCACCCAGGGAACAUCUUCAAACGAUGAAGGAAACUCCGGCCAGUCCUCGUCGACCACCACAACAACAACGACUACAUCUUCGGAUGAUGGUGAAGCCACCACCUCUUCUGACCCGAAUGUGGAAGUCACCCAGGGAUCGAACAGUGAUGGAAACUCUAGUCAGUCUUCCUCGACCACCACAACAACAACGACUACAUCUUCGGAUGAUGGUGAAGCCACCACCUCUUCUGACCCGACUGUGGAAGUCACCCAGGGAUCGAACAGCGAUGGCAACUCCAGUCAGUCCUCGUCCACAACCACCUCGACAACCUCCUCUGAUGAAAGUCAAACCACUGUGUCGUCUACUCCUGCUGUAGAAGUCACCCAGGGAACAUCUUCAAACGAUGAAGGAAACUCCGGCCAGUCCUCGUCGACAACCACGACAACAACGACUACAUCUUCGGAUGAUGGUCAAGCCACCACCUCUUCUGACCCGACUGUGGAAGUCACCCAGGGAUCGAACAGCGAUGGCAACUCCAGUCAGUCCUCGUCCACAACCACCUCGACAACCUCCUCUGAUGAAAGUCAAACCACUGUGUCGUCUACUCCUGCUGUAGAAGUCACCCAGGGAACAUCUUCAAACGAUGAAGGAAACUCCGGCCAGUCCUCGUCGACAACCACGACAACAACGACUACAUCUUCGGAUGAUGGUCAAGCCACCACCUCUUCUGACCCAACUGUGGAAGUCACCCAGGGAUCAAACAGCGAUGGCAACUCCAGUCAGUCCUCAUCGACCACCACAACAACAACGACUACAUCUUCGGAUGAUGGUCAAGCCACCACCUCUUCUGACCCGACUGUGGAAGUCACCCAGGGAUCGAACAGCGAUGGCAACUCCAGUCAGUCCUCGUCCACAACCACCUCGACAAUCUCCUCUGAUGAAAGUCAAACCACUGUGUCGUCUACUCCUGCUGUAGAAGUCACCCAGGGAACAUCUUCAAACGAUGAAGGAAACUCCGGCCAGUCCUCGUCGACAACCACGACAACAACGACUACAUCUUCGGAUGAUGGUCAAGCCACCACCUCUUCUGACCCAACUGUGGAAGUCACCCAGGGAUCAAACAGCGAUGGCAACUCCAGUCAGUCCUCAUCGACCACCACAACAACAACGACUACAUCUUCGGAUGAUGGUCAAGCCACCACCUCUUCUGACCCGACUGUGGAAGUCACCCAGGGAUCGAACAGCGAUGGCAACUCCAGUCAGUCCUCGUCCACAACCACCUCGACAACCUCCUCUGAUGAAAGUCAAACCACUGUGUCGUCUACUCCUGCUGUAGAAGUCACCCAGGGAACAUCUUCAAACGAUGAAGGAAACUCCGGGCAGUCCUCGUCGACCACCACAACAACAGCAACUACAUCUUCGGAUGACGGUCAAGCCACCACCUCUUCUGACCCGACUGUGGAAGUCACCCAGGGAUCGAACAGUGAUGGAAACUCUAGUCAGUCUUCCUCGACCACCACAACAACAACGACUACAUCUUCGGAUGACGGUCAAGCCACCACCUCUUCUGACCCGACUGUGGAAGUCACCCAGGGAUCGAACAGUGAUGGAAACUUUAGUCAGUCUUCCUCGACCACCACAACAACAACGACUACAUCUUCGGAUGACGGUCAAGCCACCACCUCUUCUGACCCGACUGUGGAAGUCACCCAGGGAUCGAACAGUGAUGGAAACUCUAGUCAGUCUUCCUCGACCACCACAACAACAACGACUACAUCUUCGGAUGAUGGUGAAGCCACCACCUCUUCUGACCCGACUGUGGAAGUCACCCAGGGAUCGAACAGCGAUGGAAACUCCAGUCAGUCCUCGUCCACAACCACCUCGACAACCUCCUCUGAUGAAAGUCAAACCACUGUGUCGUCUACUCCUGCUGUAGAAGUCACCCAGGGAACAUCUUCAAACGAUGAAGGAAACUCCGGGCAGUCCUCGUCGACCACCACAACAACAGCAACUACAUCUUCGGAUGACGGUCAAGCCACCACCUCUUCUGACCCGACUGUGGAAGUCACCCAGGGAUCGAACAGUGAUGGAAACUCUAGUCAGUCUUCCUCGACCACCACAACAACAACGACUACAUCUUCGGAUGAUGGUCAAGCCACCACCUCUUCUGACCCGACUGUGGAAGUCACCCAGGGAUCGAACAGCGAUGGCAACUCCAGUCAGUCCUCGUCCACAACCACCUCGACAACCUCCUCUGAUGAAAGUCAAACCACUGUGUCGUCUACUCCUGCUGUAGAAGUCACCCAGGGAACAUCUUCAAACGAUGAAGGAAACUCCGGUCAGUCCUCGUCGACCACCACAACAACAGCAACUACAUCUUCGGAUGACGGUCAAGCCAUCACCUCUUCUGACCCGACUGUGGAAGUCACCCAGGGAUCGAACAGUGAUGGAAACUCUAGUCAGUCUUCCUCGACCACCACAACAACAACGACUACAUCUUCGGAUGAUGGUGAAGCCACCACCUCUUCUGACCCGACUGUGGAAGUCACCCAGGGAUCGAACAGUAAUGGAAACUCUAGUCAGUCUUCCUCGACCACCACAACAACAACGACUACAUCUUCGGAUGAUGGUGAAGCCACCACCUCUUCUGACCCGACUGUGGAAGUCACCCAGGGAUCGAACAGUGAUGGAAACUCUAGUCAGUCUUCCUCGACCACCACAACAACAACGACUACAUCUUCGGAUAAUGGUCAAGCCACCACCUCUUCUGACCCGACUGUGGAAGUGACCCAGGGAUCGAACAGCGAUGGAAACUCCAGUCAGUCCUCGUCCACAACCACCUCGACAACCUCCUCUGAUGAAAGUCAAACCACUGUGUCGUCUACUCCUGCUGUAGAAGUCACCCAGGGAACAUCUUCAAACGAUGAAGGAAACUCCGGGCAGUCCUCGUCGACCACCACAACAACAGCAACUACAUCUUCGGAUGACGGUCAAGCCACCACCUCUUCUGACCCGACUGUGGAAGUCACCCAGGGAUCGAACAGUGAUGGAAACUCUAGUCAGUCUUCCUCGACCACCACAACAACAACGACUACAUCUUCGGAUGAUGGUGAAGCCACCACCUCUUCUGACCCGACUGUGGAAGUCACCCAGGGAUCGAACAGUGAUGGAAACUCCAGUCAGUCUUCCUCGACCACCACAACAACAACGACUACAUCUUCGGAUGAUGGUGAAGCCACCACCUCUUCUGACCCGACUGUGGAAGUCACCCAGGGAUCGAACAGUGAUGGAAACUCUAGUCAGUCUUCCUCGACCACCACAACAACAACGACUACAUCUUCGGAUGAUGGUGAAGCCACCACCUCUUCUGACCCGACUGUGGAAGUCACCCAGGGAUCGAACAGUGAUGGAAAUUCUAGUCAGUCUUCCUCGACCACCACAACAACAACGACUACAUCUUCGGAUGACGGUCAAGCCACAACCUCUUCUGACCCGACUGUAGAAGUCACUCAGGGACCGAACAGUGAUGGAAACUCUAGUCAGUCUUCCUCGACCACCACAACAACAGCAACUACAUCUUCGGAUGACGGUCAAGCCACCACCUCUUCUGACCCGACUGUGGAAGUCACCGAGGGAUCGAACAGCGAUGGAAACUCUAGUCAGUCCUCGUCGACUACCACAACAACAACAACUACAUCUUCGGAUGACGGUCAAGCCACCACCUCUUCUGACCCGACUGUGGAAGUCACCGAGGGAUCGAACAGCGAUGGAAACUCUAGUCAGUCCUCGUCGACUACCACAACAACAACAACUACAUCUUCGGAUGGCGGUCAAGCCACCACCUCUUCUGACCCGACUGUGGAAGUCACCCAGGGAUCGAACAGCGAUGGAAACUCCAGUCAGUCCUCGUCCACAACCACCUCGACAACCUCCUCUGAUGAAAGUCAAACCACUGUGUCGUCUACUCCUGCUGUAGAAGUCACCCAGGGAACAUCUUCAAACGAUGAAGGAAACUCCGGUCAGUCCUCGUCGACCACCACAACAACAACAACUACAUCUUCGGAUGACGGUCAAGCCACCACCUCUUCUGACCCGACUGUGGAAGUCACCCAGGGAUCGAACAGUGAUGGAAACUCUAGUCAGUCUUCCUCGACCACCACAACAACAACGACUACAUCUUCGGAUGACGGUCAAGCCACCACCUCUUCUGACCCGACUGUGGAAGUCACCCAGGGAUCGAACAGUGAUGGAAACUCUAGUCAGUCUUCCUCGACCACCACAACAACAACGACUACAUCUUCGGAUGACGGUCAAGCCACCACCUCUUCUGACCCGACUGUGGAAGUGACCCAGGGAUCGAACAGCGAUGGAAACUCCAGUCAGUCCUCGUCCACAACCACCUCGACAACCUCCUCUGAUGAAAGUCAAACCACUGUGUCGUCUACUCCUGCUGUAGAAGUCACCCAGGGAACAUCUUCAAACGAUGAAGGAAACUCCGGUCAGUCCUCGUCGACUACCACAACAACAACAACUACAUCUUCGGAUGACGGUCAAGCCACCACCUCUUCUGACCCGACUGUGGAAGUGACCCAGGGAUCGAACAGCGAUGGAAACUCCAGUCAGUCCUCGUCCACAACCACCUCGACAACCUCCUCUGAUGAAAGUCAAACCACUGUGUCGUCUACUCCUGCUGUAGAAGUCACCCAGGGAACAUCUUCAAACGAUGAAGGAAACUCCGGUCAGUCCUCGUCGACCACCACAACAACAACAACUACAUCUUCGGACCAAGCCAGCACCAUGCCAGGAUCGAGCUCAAAGUGGACGAAAACCACAAAAACUUAUUCGUCAAAGACUUCCAAGGUUCCCAAGUCAAAUAGAAAUUCUAACUCUAGCUCGAGCGUAACAACAACAACUGUAACGACGAGCUCGACACCUCAAAUCCAACACUCCUGGUCAAACUCAUGGAAGAAAAAUGGUGGCAAGUCCAAAAAGUAUUGGACCAAGAGGUGGAGUUCAACGACCGGCAAAAGUAAAAGGAAUAGUUCAUCUGUGGAUGGUGCAGAAUCGUCUGACUCAUUAGUUGAUGCAGCUAUUGAUGUCAUCCAAGGAAACAGUUCGAACGACGAUGCAAAGUCUACCCAGUCUUCAACAACCACUACAGUUUCCUCAACCGAUGGAAGCGAUCAGACCAGCUCUUCAUCUUUGCCGAUGGUAGACGCUACUGUCGUUUCCCAAGGUGGCAAAUCAAGCUCAACCUCGACUAAAACCACAAAAACAACCGUAACGACAAGCUCCUCAUCGACUCCUAAGGUCAAACACUCCUGGUCGAGCUCAUCGAAGAACACUUCCAAUAGUGGUAAAUCGAGCAAGACAUCUUCGACCACAACAACAACAACUUCUUCGAAUAAGGGUCAAUCCAGCACAUCUUCAGAUCCCCAAAUCGAAAUCACUCAGGGUAGCCCUUUAAACGAUAAUGAAAGCUCGAGCCAGGUCACCACUACGACAACUUCAUCUGAGAGCCAAAUUGGAGAAUCGUCUGCUCCUGUCGUUAAAGUCACCAAGGAAAGUUCCACAAGCAAGGAUGGAAAGACCACUCGGUCUUCAACCACAACAACAACAACAACCACCAAUGGAGGUAGUCAGUCCAGUACCUUAUCACUUCCGGUGGUUGAUGCCAGCAUAGUGGCAAAUGGCGGAAAGUCAAGCUCAAAAUCUUCAACGACAACUACAACCACAACCACCAAAGGAAGUAAAUCGUCGGGUAUCUCGCUACCGGAAGUUGAUGCCACCAUUUCACUUAAUGGAGGAAAAGCAGGCUUAACAUUGACUAAGACCACUAAGACGUACACGUCAAACAACUCCGAAGUUCCCCAGUCGAAUGGAAAGUCAAGUUCGAGCAAAACUACAACUACAACCAUUACGACGAAAACUUCUUCAAACAAUGGUCAAUCCAGCACGUCCUCUGAUCCCCAAAUCGAAAUCACUCAGGGUAGCGCUUUGAGUGAUAAUGGAAGCUUGAACCAGGCCACUACAACGACAACUUCAUCUGAGAGCCAAAUUGGGGAAUCGUCUUCUCCUGUCGUCAAAGUCACUAAAGAAAGUUAUACAAGCAAAGAUGGAAAGACCACUCGAUCAUCAACCACAACAACAACAACAACCACCAAUGGAGGUAGUCAGUCCAGUACCUUAUCACUUCCGGUGGUUGAUGCCAGCAUAGUGGCAAAUGGCGGAAAGUCAAGCUCAAAAUCUUCAACGACAACUACAACCACAUCCACCAAAGGAAGUAAAUCGUCGGGUAUUGUCUCGCUACCGGAAGUUGACGCCACCAUUUCACUUGAUGGAGGAAAGUCUGGCUCAACGCUGACUAAGAUCACUAAAACCUACACCUCAAACAACUCCGAAGUUCCCCAGUCGAAUGGAAAGUCAAGUUCGAGUAAAACUACAACUACAACCAUUACGUCUAAAACUUCAUCGGUCCCCAAAACUGAGACAAAAUACUCCUGGUCCAGUUCGUCAAAGAAAACAUCAAAUCCUAUCCGCUUAACCCUGCCGACCAUUGAUGCCGGAAUCUCUGUCGGCGGAGGAGAUUCAUCGAGUUCGUGGUCGAAACUGAUUAAAAGAAGUACCACAGAUGGUGAGACCAACGCCCGUGAUGGAUCAUCCCUUUCUGGUUCUAUUGUAGGUGCAGUCGGAACUCGAGGAGCACAGUCCUGGUCCCAGCGCUCUGGAUUCUCGGGCGACAGUUCUCUUGCCCAGGGAUCUCCAGACAUCCGUUUCCGGCUAGCCCGUGGUCAGACCAGUAACGAUGCUCAGUCGCAGAACUUGAAUUCCUGGACCAGAAGCGCCAGCCAAGACAGCGGAAGUUUGGAUAACGGAGUCGCAUCCGUAGAUGGACAGAAUUUGGAAGGAUCGGAGAGCUCCAGUGACGCAACCAUGAUGCAAGGUGGCUCCGUGGGCGCCACCGGACAGUAUCCCUACUGGUGGGGCAAUGGACGAUGGGUGGGCGUUGGAGCCAGAAGGAGCUGGACGCCCUACGGAUGGCGUCCAUAUGGCAGCGGAUGGGGCGGCUGGAGCAAUCAAUAUUAAAGUUGGUCCGUGCGAAUGGAUAAGUCCAGAA